GCAUCACCCCAGAGCCCCGUGCUUUUAUGCUGUCAGAUAAUUAGAGCCUGAACUUCGCUUCUUGUUUGCUGGGACCCUCACUUGGGUUUGCAGUCCUGACCGCGGUCACCUCGUCUCCCCGCGUCUCCCUCGCUACCCGGCACCCUCUUCACUCACAACUUCCAGACCCACCCUUUCAGGACCCUGCCCCUCCCAAGUUUCUCGAGGCCCUGUGUCUCCAGUACACUCUCCCAUCGUCUUCUCCUUAGGUCCCCGUGCCCCACUCACAUCCCCUCUGUCGCCUGCACCCCGCCACAUUCUUGGUAGCCGUACCCUCUUCUGAGUUUUGCUUCUCCAUCUUUGCUCUGCGCUCAUCUCCUGGUUGAGUGUUUUGUAACGAGAAUUUUGGGCUUCUCUUUUCCUGGCAGAGUCCACCUGCAAAGAAUUACAUCAAGCAGCUACCUCCAUUGCCAGCCUGCUGCCCAGCCUGGGAAGGACCUCAUAGACUUGGCCACUUUUAGGCCUCACCCAUCCACCAGUGGGUGGACACCGCCCGGAGGUAGAUGAAGAGGAGGAGGUCGUGAUUGGGUGGCAAGAGAAGCUCUUCAGCCAGUUCGAAGUAGAUCUGUACCAAAAUGAAGCAGCCUGUCAGAGCCCUUUGGAUCAUCAGUACCGCCAAGAGAUUCUGAAGCUGGAGGAUAUGGAUGGCAGGAAGAACCGACGAAUCUUUACCUACACUGACUCUGAUAGAUACACCAAUUUGGAGGAGCACUGUCAGAAAAUGACCACCGCAGCCAGCGAAAUGCCGUCAUUCUUGGUCGAGCGAAUGGCAAAUGUCAGGCGGCGACGGCAGGACAGGCGAGGGAUGGAGGGUGGCAUCCUUAAGUCACGAAUCGUCACCUGGGAACCCUCAGAAGAGUUCAUCCGGAACAGCCAUGUCAUCAACACCCCUCUUCAGACAAUGUACAUCAUGGCAGACCUGGGUCCCUAUGGAAAGCUUGGCUAUAAGAAGUAUGAACAUGUCCUCUGUACUCUGAAGGUGGACAGUAAUGGUGUGAUCACAGUAAAACCUGACUUCACUGGCUCCAGAGGACCCUACAGAAUCGAGACAGACGGGGAGAAGCAGGAGCUGUGGAAGUAUACGAUUGACAGCGUGUCCUCCCUUGCACAGCCUGAGGAGGAAGAGCGGGAGCAGCGUGCGCUCAGGGACCUCUAUGGCCGGCACAAGGAGUAUCUCAACAGCCUCGUGGGCACUGACUUUGAGACGACGGUACCAGGUGCCCUCCGGCUCUUUGUAAAUGGAGAAGUAGUUUCAGCCCAAGGCUAUGAGUUUGACAAUCUUUACGUCCACUUCUUCGUGGAAUUGCCAACUACUAGCUGGUCAAGCCCAGCAUUCCAGCAGCUCUCAGGAAUAACACAGACCUGUGCCACCAAGUCCCUGGGAACGGAUAAUGUGGCUUACUUCUCCUACCCGUUCACGUUUGAGGCCUCCUUCCUCCACGAGGAUGAAUCUGCCGGUGCUCUCCCGGCAUGGCCUGUGCUCUACUGCGAGGUCCUUUCGCUGGACUUCUGGCAGAGGUAUCGCGUGGAAGGCUACGGGGCUGUGGUGCUGCCUGCCACCCCAGGCUCGCACACCCUGACGGUCCCUACGUGGAGGCCGCUGGAGCUGGGCCCGGUGGCCGAGCUCAGGAGGUUUUUCAUUGGCGGCUCUCUGGAGCUGGAGGACCUCUCCUACGUGCGGAUACCAGGAACCUUCAAGGGUGAGCGUCUGAGCCGCUUUGGACUCCGCACAGAGACCACAGGCAGUGUCACCUUCCGCCUGCACUGUCUGCAGCAGUCCAGGGCCUUCAUGGAGUCAAGUUCUCUCCGGAAGAGGAUGAGGAGCGUGUUGGACCGUCUGGAGGGAUUCAGCCAGCAAAGUUCCAUUCACAAUGUGCUAGAAGCCUUCCGUCGAGCCCGGCGCCGCAUGCAGGAGGCCCGAGAAAGCCUUCCCCAGGACCUCGUGAGCCCCUCGGGAACCAUGGUCUCCUAGCUCACUGCAGUCCUGGCCCACCGUGCACGAGGACAAGACGGGUGAUAUCCAAGGCCUGGGCCCUCUUCGUCUUUCUGAUUAGAGACCCCGCUGACCUGCUGAGAACCGGAAGAGCUGAGAAUCCUGGGCUGGACCCCUGCCUGGUCUUCAGCUGCUGGGUGGCAACAAAGCCAAACACCCUGUGGCCCCCAUAUGGUCCCUGUCUUCAUAUGUCAGCCACUGCAAGUGACCAUCGCAACAAGACAGGCUUUUUGGUUUGAGACCAGUUUUGGGGGGAAGCCCAAAGUUAGUUCUGUCCUUGACACAGCCUCCUUUCCGGCCUGUCUCAUGGUCUCAGUGGCAGAGGGCAGCAGUACCACCUGCUCCACACCUGCUUUACACAUGGAGGCCCGAGAAAGAAGGCGAGAGAGAUCUUACACUCCUGGCCUGGGAACCCAGCCUCCUCUUCCCAGGGUAGCCUCCCCUUCCUGCUGGGGGCUUGUUUCUAUAGUAAAUGAAGGCUGAAGGCAAUGCCCAGUCCUUUCUGCUAGCUAGCUGUCAUCUUUUAUUGUGCUUUUUGUACAUAAAAACUUUUUAUACUGACUGACGUUCUGUUGGCUGGUUUUCUGCUUGGGUCGCUUUCACGGCCAAGCUAUUCUCCUUAAUGUCGGGGCCCCUAACGCUGCUGCCCUUCCCUGCCUUUUCCUACUCCACAGUGUUUCUUUUGAUGCUCUAAACUCAGCCUCCAGGGGAGGCUUUAAGAACCUACCAAGACAGCGGAGAGAUGUGGGUGAAGUUUGGCAGGGAUGAACAGGAAUGAGGACCUGCUGUGUGUGAGGUACUUUACAUACAUUAUUUCAUUCAAUUCUCCAAAAUCCCUGCAAAAUAGAAACUAACAAAGACCAUACUGAUUUCUCAGCCAUCAGGAUCCCACACCAUGACAAGUCACAUGAUAUGAUGGGGACCAUUAAGAUAGGAGGAAGAUAGCUUUGCCGUGACUCAAAGAAACACCAGCCCAACUACAACUCCCAAACCCCAGCCCCCAAGCUGAACAAAGGAAAACCACAUAAGGUUUCACCACUACCGAGCACUGCUGUGCGGCUAUCUCUCAGGAUCCUCACAUUUUUGUGAGGUACUUUGUAAUCCCAGUGUUAUCAAUGGAUAUUCGCUGAGCUUGAGCAACUGUGACUUUUCCAAGGUCACCCCACCAUUAAGUGGAGUUCAGACCAGGCCUUCCAAUUCCAAAUUUGGGAAGGGAUUGGAGGAGACUGCAAGAGCUGCGAUCAGUACACUAUUUGUGGGACAGUUUAGAGGGUACAGAAACCGUGUGGCAGCUUGGGCAGCUAGCAAUAUCAGACCUCCAGCAGGGGGCGCCCACAACACUAGCUGUCAGGAGCACCCAAGCGUAGGGAAGGAAAGAAACUCAGGUUCUUGAGCGCCUGCUGUGUGCUAGCCAGGGGCUGUGUUCGGUGCAGUAGAAACUGCCCACCCUUUAUUAUUCACGGCCAAAAAUUAGCAGAGGCAGAUGGGGCUUUGGGUUGUGUUUAGACAGGGAAGUAGGAGAUGGGGAGAGGGAGAGAUGAGUGAGGCUGUGGCCAAAGCCUUCCCCUAACAUCGUGGAUUGAACAGGGGGAUGGAAGGAGAAAUUUUGAAACUGAUUCGAAUUUUACUACUUCCUAGUUACGUGGGCUUGGGCCAAUUACUAGAUGUCUCUGAGUUUAUUUUCUCAUUUAUAAAAAUGUCUGUCACAGCUGCUUUUCAAGGUCAUUGGGAGGACUAAAAGAGUUAAUAUCCAUUAAAGAUCCUAGCAAAGUG